AUGGUUGAACCUGUAGGCAACCAGUAUGUUGUGGCCCGACCAGUGUAUUCAGAAGUCCUUUUUGACGCAGAACAUGAGAAAGUGCAUAGAUAUCAUAAAACCUUUGUGGAUCAUCUCAGAGUAUUCUUUAGCUGCUCACCACAAAAAGCAAAGAAAAUUGCUCUUGGUGUGUUUCCCAUCCUCUCCUGGCUACCAGCAUACCACUUCAAGGACUGGAUUCUCAAUGACAUUGUUUCUGGGAUUAGCACAGGGCUGGUUGCUGUUCUACAGGGCCUAGCAUUUGCUUUGCUGGCAAAUGUUCCCCCAGGCUAUGGACUCUAUGCAGCCUUUUUUCCAGUGGUCAUGUAUUUUUUCCUUGGCACGUCUAGACAUAUAUCUGUUGGUCCUUUUCCUGUUCUGAGCCUGAUGGUAGGAGGAGCAGUUUUAAGGAUAAUCCCCGAUAACACUGGCAAUAGCACGCUAACUAACAGUUCUUUGACCGAUCAACAAAGAGUCAUGGUGGCUGCAUCUGUUACUAUGCUUGCAGGUAUCUUUCAGCUGCUACUGGGUAUCCUACGGAUUGGCUUCAUUGUUAUUUAUUUGUCUCAGUCAUUAAUAAGUGGGUUCACCACUGCUGCAGCUAUUCACGUUGUAGCAUCCCAACUGAAAUUCAUCUUCCAUCUGCCAGUUCCUGGAUACAAUAAACCACUGGGGAUUAUUUGGACCCUGAAAGACGUAUUUGAACAGAUCACAGACACAAACAUUGCCGACCUUGUCACCUCUCUUAUCAUCUUGGUCAUUGUGUUUGCGGUGAAAGAACUGAACGAACGUUACAAAGCCAAGCUCCUUGUACCUAUCCCCAUUGAGCUCCUUGUGACUGUCGUAGCAGCUGGAAUAUCCUAUGGCUGCAAUUUCAAAGACAAAUUCGGGGUAGACACUGUUGGAAAACUAGAUAGGGGAUUUCAGGCUCCAGUUGCACCAGAUAUGAGUGUCUUCCAAAGCUGUGUGGGUGAUGGUUUCUCCAUCGCAGUUGUGGGCUUUGCUGUAGCCUUUUCAGUGGCUAAAGUAUAUUCUAUCAAGUAUGAUUACUCCAUAGAUGCCAACCAGGAAUUAGUUGCCUUUGGAAUAAGCAACAUCUUUGGUGGUGCAUUCAAAGGAUUUGCUGCAAGCACUUCGCUGUCAAGAUCUGGUGUACAGGUUAGCACAGGAGGUAAAACGCAGAUUGCUGGAUUCCUCUCAGCUAUUAUUGUGAUGAUUGUCAUCCUGGCCAUUGGUCACCUCUUAGAACCACUGCAGAAGUCAGUUCUUGCAGCUUUGGCUCUCGGGAAUUUAAAGGGAAUGCUGAUGCAGUUCAAAGAGAUAGGAAUUCUUUGGAAAAAGGACAAAUAUGAUUGUCUUAUUUGGGUGGUGACAUUCCUGGCUGCUAUUUUACUGGGUCUGGAUAUUGGACUAGCAGCGGGAGUAGGAUUUCAACUCCUGACUGUUAUAUUCCGCGCACAAUUUCCAAAAUGCACAGUGUUGGCUAACAUUGGAAGAAGCGACAUCUACAGGAACAGGAAGGAUUAUACAGAUAUAUAUGAGCCAGAGGGAGUGAAGAUUUUCCGAUGCCCAUCUCCAAUCUUCUUUGCUAAUAGUGCAUUCUUCAAGGACAAGCUGACUGCAGCGGUUGGUUUCAAUCCACUGAGAGUGCUACGCAAGCGGAACAAGGCUCUGAGGAAAAUCAGAAGGAUGCUGAAGAAAGGAGAACUUCAAGUGACCCUUAAAGGUUUUAUUUGCACUGUAAGUAGUCUGAAUGAUUCAGAAGACGAGCUGGACAACAACAGUAUUGAAGAACUGGACAAGCCUACAGAUACCAAAGACUUGCCAAUUCAGUUAGACUGGAACUCCGACCUUCCUUCCAACAUCACUGUUCCCAGGGUUGACAUCCACAGCAUCAUCCUUGACUUCUCAGCGGUGUCAUUUCUUGAUGUUUCUGCUAUGAGAGUCCUAAGAGAGACUUUACAAGAAUUUAUCCGGAUACAAGUGGAUGUAUACAUUGUGGGAGCACAUGAUGGUCUUCUGGAUAAACUGGAGAGAUGUGCAUUUUUUGAUGAUGAAAUUAAGCCAUCCAUGUUCUUCCUUACUGUUCAUGAUGCAGUUCUAUUUAUAUUGGUCAAAAAGGAUAUUGCAGCCAGCUCCCCCAAGUUCAAACCCAUCACGGAGAAAGAAAACAACGAUCAUUAUAUAAUCAAUACAAAUGGAGGACUACGUAAUCGGGACAUCAUGGCACCACCAGAAACUAAAUUCUAAACUGAAAAAUC